CGGGCCCCGCGCCCCGCAACGGCCCCGCAACCGCCGCGCAGUCCCGAGGGCGCCAUGCCGCGCCCGCCGCUGCCGCCGCCGCUGCUGCUGCUGCUGCUGCUGCUGCUCACGCCCCCCGCCGGGGACGCCGCCGUCAUCACCGGGGCCUGCCAGGAGGACCCCCAGUGUGGUGGAGGCAUGUGCUGUGCUGUUAGUAUCUGGGUUAAGAGCAUAAGGAUUUGUACACCGAUGGGCAAACUGGGAGAUUCCUGUCAUCCGCUGACCCGCAAAGUUCCGUUUUUCGGGAGGAGAAUGCAUCACACUUGUCCAUGUAUGCCUGGCCUGUCGUGCUUACGAACCUCAUUUAACCGAUUUAGUUGUUUAGACCGAAAAUAGUCACUUUGGAGUAGAAACUUUCGAUGUGAACAGCCACACAAUGUCUGUAAAAUCCAUUUCCUUGUGAUUGUGGUCAACACAUAAGAUGCCAGAAAGACAUGUUGUUGCUUUCUCGUGUGCCAAGGAGCAUGUCUUUGAUUUUUUUUAAAUGUUUUUUUUUUAAUUGAGAGGAUUAUAAUUUUGGAUCAAAAAAAAAAGAUAAAGUGUAAGUCAUUUUGGAAGUGGUUCUCAUUUUCUCUUGUUUCAGUUUGGUUUGGCUUUAUGCCACUAACAUCCACUUUAAGAAAAAUUAGGAAAGAAUUUGAUACUUUGUUACUGAAGAUUUCUUCUUUAAUCUCGAUAUAUUUUACACUCUCCCUCUCUACUCCCCCCUCUCUUACACACACACACAUACACACACACACACACACACACACACACACACACCAACUACACAUAUUCCUUUGGUCACAUGUUUCUCCUAGAACACUUUAAGGUCCUCACUUUAUUCUCUCUUUCCCUUUCUGCCCCUCUAACAUCUUAAAGGGCCCGACCCCCUUUGCUGGCAGAAUCACUGAAGACAGUCAGGCUCUUUGUCUGAUACUUAAUCAUCAAACAGUAUGUAGAUAAACACUCCAAACUUCUGUUGGGUAGGGUUCUAGUGUGCCUCCUAAGAUUUCACUGAACCUCUGUCUUCAAGUCUGUUGUUCGGCCACUGUAAGGGCAAAAGGAAUGGAAAGUUAACUUCCGCUAGAUUUUAAAACUGGUGUUCUUUUUGUUUUUAGAAAAAGAUUUGUUUUCCAGUGUAAUUUUGUAUUUCUGUUUAUAAAGUUAAUUUUUUUAAGCCUCAUAGAGAUAUUCCAGAAAAUGUACUUGAAGAAGAAGUAUUGACUUUAAUCUGGCAUUAUUCACUAUACCAUUUUUAAUUCCAUGUUAAGUUGUAAUUUAAACUUUUCUUUGUAACCAUAAGUUUAUGUAUUGGAUUGCCAGACAUCCUGCCCUUUGUACCUGUACCAAUAUUUCUGUGUAAAAAUUCUGUAUCAGAAUAAUGACACUAUUGUAUAUCAUUUGAUUUAUUUUAAUAUUAUAUAUAUAUCUUUAUUUUUGUCACAGUUGUCAUCAGUUUUUAUUACCAGCACAUUUCUACAUAGCCCACAGCCUACAAUGGGUGAAGACUCCUACAUUGGUAAAAUAGCACUAACAGUAUGUGCAUUUUCAUUUUACAUACAGAAAACUUCAGUUUGCAUGUAUUUUAAGGUAGUAUCAAAAGUAAACUGUUGUGAAUCAGUGAGGUUUUAUGAGCAUGAAGGAGAACCUAAUGAGCAAAAGGAAUUGUAAUCAGAAAUGGACUCCUGGGACUUCACUGUAUUGAUUCAGCAAUUAGAGAGUGGAGUGUUUGCCAGGGGGGUAGGCAAGGUUCUUAGGUGCUAAGACAAGUGAUUCCAAUGUAGCUGGAGCUCGGGGAAAGGCACCAAGAAUUGUAAAUGGAUUCAAUGUUGCAAAUAAACAACUUAUGAAAUGU